AUGGAGCAGGCAGCGCCCAAGAGCAAACUGAAAAAGCUAAGUGAAGAUAGUUUAACUAAGCAGCCUGAAGAAGUCUUUGAUGUUCUGGAGAAACUUGGUGAAGGGUCUUAUGGUAGUGUGUUUAAAGCAAUACACAAAGAGUCUGGACAAGUUGUAGCAAUUAAACAGGUCCCUGUGGAAUCAGAUCUUCAAGAAAUAAUUAAAGAAAUCUCUAUAAUGCAACAAUGUGACAGUCCCUAUGUUGUCAAGUACUAUGGCAGCUAUUUUAAGAACACAGAUCUAUGGAUUGUUAUGGAAUAUUGUGGAGCUGGCUCUGUUUCGGACAUAAUUAGACUUCGUAAUAAAACGCUAACAGAAGAUGAAAUUGCAACUAUUCUGAAAUCUACUCUUAAAGGACUUGAAUACUUGCACUUUAUGAGAAAAAUACAUAGAGAUAUAAAGGCUGGAAACAUCCUUCUUAACACCGAGGGACAUGCAAAAUUAGCUGAUUUUGGUGUGGCUGGCCAGUUAACAGAUACAAUGGCAAAACGUAAUACUGUUAUAGGAACUCCGUUUUGGAUGGCUCCUGAAGUAAUACAAGAGAUUGGCUAUAACUGCGUGGCAGACAUCUGGUCCCUUGGUAUCACUUCAAUAGAAAUGGCUGAAGGAAAGCCUCCGUAUGCUGAUAUUCAUCCAAUGAGGGCUAUUUUUAUGAUUCCUACAAAUCCCCCUCCAACCUUCCGGAAGCCUGAGCUCUGGUCUGAUGAAUUCACAGAUUUUGUGAAGAAAUGCUUAGUGAAAAAUCCUGAACAAAGAGCUACAGCAACACAGCUGCUACAGCAUACAUUUAUUAAGAAUGCCAAGCCAGUUUCAAUUUUAAGGGACCUGAUCACUGAAGCUAUGGAGAUAAAGGCAAAGCGACAUGAGGAACAACAGAGAGAACUAGAAGAGGAGGAAGAAAAUUCGGAUGAAGAUGAGCUGGACUCUCAUACCAUGGUGAAGACCAGUUCAGAGAGUGCUGGUACCAUGAGGGCCACAAGCACGAUGAGUGAAGGCGCUCAGACAAUGAUUGAACACAACAGUACUAUGUUAGAAUCAGACUUGGGGACCAUGGUAAUAAACAGUGAUGAUGAUGAAGAGGAAGAUGGGACCAUGAAAAGAAAUGCUACUUCACCACAAGUUCAAAGACCUUCUUUCAUGGACUACUUUGAUAAACAAGAUUCCAAGAAUAAAAGCCCUGAAAACUGUAAUCAGAACAUGCAUGAACCUUACCACAUAUCCAAAAACGUUUUCCCUGAUAACUGGAAAGUCCCUCAAGAUGGAGACUUUGAUUUCUUAAAGAAUCUGAGUUUAGAAGAAUUACAGAUGCGAUUAAAGGCUUUGGACCCUAUGAUGGAACGAGAAAUUGAGGAGCUUCGUCAGAGGUACACUGCAAAGAGGCAACCUAUCCUAGAUGCGAUGGAUGCAAAGAAACGGAGGCAACAAAAUUUUUGAGUUUGUUUUACUUUCAGAGAUGAUACCAUGAGUCAGCAUGGACACUGGUAACUUUGUAAGUCUGAAGGAAUUCGAUUAUGAGAGUUUUCAAAAACCCAAUCUUUUGAAUUUUCCUUCACAAGCAAUGACAAUUGGAGCAGUGAAAGAACAUACAUAUGCUGUUCUGCAAAGGCAGUGAAACACAUUACCACUUGUUUAUAUUUUCAAAUGUUUAAUGUAAUAGAAAUUUAAUCUGUUACUUCCCAAUCUUUUUCAGGUGUAUAGUGGUAACUUGGUGUUGUACAUUAGGAGUUGUGUUUUGGAGCACCUGAAACGAUUUCUUGAUUGUGCAACACUACAGAGCCUUAUGUUGCAAUAUAUUUUCCUCCCACUUAGUAGCAUAUUUAUUAUGUAAUCUUUGGUUAUCCUAUUUAUUUUAUGCCUGUUUUCUUUUUUAUUAGGAAGUACUAG